UUUGUUGUACAGAGGGGUCGGAUGGGGGAAGGGCCCGAGCCGUGCAUGAUACAGACAAAACUUGCUUAUGGCUCUCUCCGUCGAUGGGGAACUGUGACAGGACGCAAAAGGAAAAGGGAUCUUUCUCCUCACGACUGAAGCGUACGCACACUGUUGGGACCACAAUGAUAUAAUCACGAAAAAGGGGAAGACGGGAGGACAGCCGAAGUUGGACCGGCGGAGAUGAGCGGGGCCGUGAUUGCGGCGAUAUACCGAGGUGUUGUUCUGCUAUUGUUGCGCUGCUCGCGUGUUCCAGUUGGAUUUUGAGACGGUAUCCCUGUCUCUGUCUCGCCCAGGGCUGUGGAGAUUGUUCUGAAAGGAAAAGGACAACAAACAGGGGAAGUGAACAUGGCUGGGACCUCGGGCUUCUUUUCCAACGGACCCAUUCCGUGGAUUGAGAGUGACACCGAGAUGAACAAUCUUUACCGGGAUCUGGAAUUGGGGACCGUGUUGACUUUGUUUUACUCCAAAAAGUCCCAGCGACCUGAGAGAAGGACAUUUCAGGUCAAACUUGAGACGAGGACAAUUAUCUGGACCCGAGGCACGGAUAAAAUAGAGGGAGAAAUUGAUAUCCGAGAGAUAAAGGAGAUCCGAGCGGGCCAGAAGUCUCGGGACUUUGAGCGCUAUGUGGAGGACUCUACAGCACGACUAGACCAGGCUCACUGCUUCGUCAUCCUACACGGCACCGAGUUCCGCCUCAAAGCACUCAGCCUAGCAGCGACGUCUGAUGAGGAGAUGACCAUGUGGGUGAAGGGGCUGACCUGGCUGGUGGCAGACACACUCAAAUCCCCCACCCCUUUACAGAUAGAGAGGUGGUUACGGAAGCAGUUUUAUGCCGUAGAUCGCAACAGAGAAGACAAGAUAUCCUGUAAGGAUCUGAAGAGCAUGCUGUGCCAGGUUAACUACAGGGUCCCCAACAUGAAGUUCCUAAGAGAGAAACUUCCGGACUCGGAGUUGAGGAAUGGAGACGUGUCCUUUAGCCAGUUUUCCCAGCUCUAUCGCAGCCUGAUGUUUGACGCCCAGAAAGCUAUGGAGAUUCCUUUUCUACAGAGGUUCAUUGAGAGACCAGAGCAGAAGAUCUUACUAGAAGACUUCAAGACUUUCCUUCUGGAGGCCCAGAAGGAGCUGUGGGCCACUGACAACAAUAAGGUGCAGGAGUUUAUGUUUGGGUACCUGAAGGACCCACUGAGGGAGGUGGAACAACCCUUCUUCCACCAAGAUGAGUUCCUGACAUACCUAUUUUCCAAAGAGAACACCGUCUGGGACUCAGCCCUGGACCAGGUGUGUCCUGAAGACAUGAACAACCCCCUGUCUCAUUACUGGAUAUCCUCAUCUCAUAACACCUACCUGACAGGUGACCAGUUUUCUAGUGAGUCGUCCCUGGAAGCGUACGCACGCUGUCUGAGGAUGGGCUGCCGCUGCAUCGAGUUGGACUGCUGGGAUGGUCCAGAUGGAAUGCCUGUCAUCUACCAUGGACACACCCUCACCACCAAGAUCAAGUUCUGUGAUGUCCUGGCGACCAUCAAGGAACACGCCUUUGUGACGUCUGACUACCCCAUCAUCCUGUCCAUAGAGGAUCAUUGCAGCAUUGUGCAGCAGAGGAACAUGGCUACCUACUUUAAGAAGGUCUUUGGAGAAAUGCUGCUUACCAAGGCUGUGGACAUCUCCGCCGACGGAUUGCCCUCACCCAAUCAGCUUAAGAGGAAGAUCCUCAUCAAGCAUAAGAAGCUAGCAGAGGGCAGUGCCUAUGAGGAGGUGUCCACCUCUACUCCCUACUCUGAGAAUGACAUCAGCAACUCCAUCAAGAAUGGCAUUCUCUUCCUGGAGGACCCCAUCAACCAUGAGUGGUACCCUCACUUCUUUGUCCUGACCAGCAGUAAGAUCUACUACUCGGAGGAGACGUCUAGCAACCAAGGCAACGAGGAUGAGGAGGAGCACAGAGAGGUCUCUAACGGUAUGGACCAACAUAUAGCAGAGAAGUGGUUCCAUGGUAAGCUGGGUGCUGGUCGCGACGGGAGACAGAUAGCUGAGCGGCUGCUGUCGGAGUACUGUCUUGAGACGGGCGCUCCUGACGGGUCCUUCCUGGUCCGGGAGAGUGAGACGUUCGUAGGAGACUACACCUUGUCCUUCUGGCGUUCGGGCCGGGUGCAGCACUGUCGCAUCCACUCUCGCCAGGAGGCGGGCAGCCCCAAGUUCUACUUGACAGACAACCUGGUGUUUGACACGCUAUUCGCCCUCAUCACCCACUACCAGCAGGUAGCGCUGCGCUGUAAUGAGUUUGAGAUGAAGCUGACUGAGCCUGUGCCCCAGACCAACGCCCACGAAAGCAAAGAGUGGUACCAUGCCAACCUGUCUCGGAGCCACGCCGAGAACAUGCUGAUGAGGGUUCCACGUGAUGGGGCGUUCCUUGUCAGAAAAAGGGCGGAGCUAAGCUCCUUUGCCAUUUCUUUCAGGGCAGAGGGGAAGAUCAAGCACUGCAGGGUGCAACAGGAGGGCCAGACAGUGGUGUUGGGGACGUCAGAGUUCGACAGCCUGGUGGAUCUCAUCAGUUACUACGAGAAACACCCGUUGUACCGUAAAAUGAAGCUCCGCUACCCUAUCAAUGAGGAGACGCUGGAGAAGAUAGGCACCGCUGAGCCGGAUUACGGGUCUCUGUAUGAGGGGCGGAACCCUGGGUUCUACGUAGAAGCCAAUCAGAUGCCCACCUUCAAGUGCACAGUGAAGGCCAUGUAUGAGUACAAGGCCCAGAGGGAUGAUGAAUUGUCCUUCAGUAAGAACGCCAUCAUCCAAAACGUGGACAAACAGGAAGGAGGAUGGUGGAAGGGGGACUGUGGUGGGAAGAAGCAGCUGUGGUUUCCUGCUAACUAUGUAGAGGAGAUCAGUCCUUCAGCUGUGGAGCCAGACAGAUCACAGCUGACAGAGAACAGUCCUCUGGGAGACCUGCUGAGAGGAAGUGUAGAUGUGUCUUCCUGUCAGAUUGUGGUGCGGCCUGAUGGUAAGGGAAGCAGGCUGCAUGUGUUCUCCCUCCUCCCAGCUGCUUCUCCGAGGGCAGGGCAGGUCUUGGACAUCGCUGCCAAUACCCAGGAGGAGCUCAAGGAGUGGGUCAUCAAGAUCAGAGAGGUCACCAUGACAUCAGAGGCCAAGCUGGAGGAGGGGAAGAUGAUGGAGAGAAGGAAGAAGAUCGCUCUGGAGCUGUCUGACCUGGUCAUCUACUGUAGACCUGUACCCUUCGAUGAGGACAAGAUUGGGACAGAGCGGGCGUGUUUCCGGGACAUGUCUUCGUUCCCGGAGACCAAGGCAGAGAAAUAUGUGAACCGGAUCAAGGGGAAGAGGUUCCUGCAGUACAACCGGCUGCAGUUGUCCCGUAUCUACCCCCGUGGACAGAGGCUGGACUCCUCCAACUACGACCCUCUGCCCAUGUGGCUCUGUGGAUCCCAGCUGGUUGCGCUGAACUUCCAGACUGCAGACAAGCCCAUGCAGAUGAACCAGGCUCUGUUCAUGUUGAACGGGAGAAGUGGCUACGUCCUCCAGCCACCAAUCAUGAGAGACGACAACUUUGACCCCUUUGACCGACACACACUGAGGGGCCUUGAGUCAGUGACCCUGCAGAUAGAGGUGUUGGGUGCUCGUCACCUGCCUAAACACGGUCGUGGCAUCGUGUGCCCCCUGAUCGAGAUCGAGGUGUGUGGUGCAGAAUAUGACAGUGCCAAGCAGAAGACUGACUCAGAGGCGGAUAAUGGUCUGAACCCCACGUGGCCUCGGAAGCCUUUCCAGUUCACCGUGUGUAACUCUGCCUUUGCCUUCCUGCGCUUUGUGGUGUAUGAGAUUGACAUGUUCAGCGACCAGAACUUCCUGGCUCAGGCCAGCUUCCCCAUCAACAGCCUCAAGACAGGUUACCGGUCAGUCCCUCUGAAGAACAGCUGUAAUGAGGAUCUGGAGCUGGCCUCUCUGCUGGUGCACAUGGACAUCACCCGGAGCAGGGCUGAAAAUGGGGAGGUGCUGAGCCCGUUCCUGCCGGUAGGAGGUGUCUCUGCAGCGGUGGUUACCCAGACAGGGCGUGAGCGUCUGGGGGAGACAGGCUCCACGUCCUCAGCCUCCUCCAUGUCCCCUCUGCCCCAGUCCCCAGCAGCCCAGACCCAGACACAGGCCUACAGAGGCAGGGAGGGCUCCUUCGAGGCCCGCUACCAGACACCUCUGGAUGACUUCAGAGUAUCACAGGAGGCUCUGCUGGACCUGGACCCUCAGAACAGGAGGUAUGUGUAAGGAGGAUGAUGCGCAGGACCAGAGUAGGCGGAGAGAACCGCGUUUAGGCCGGACCAAUCAGGGCGUAUUCCAACCACCCCAGCUCCUCCCCGUACCGAUGAUGUCACUGACUGCUGUGAACACUGUUUCUAUGGAAACGCCCACCACCGCUUUGGCCUACAUUUCAGGCAGCUCUCCCUUGCUCUGUUCUCUUUCUCUCCUCUGUGUCCCCCUCCUGGAGUGAGUGUGAGGUGGAGGGGGCGGGAAGGGAGAGAGAAGACAAGGAUGACAAACAAAAAAAAUUAUACGUGAAGUUUCAGCCCUCGGCUAAGAUGUCGGGAGAUGGGGAAUUUUGGCGUGCUCGACUCGAGCGCAAAGGUUUGCGAGGGAAAGAAGAAUGGAAGAGGGAUGGAUGAGAUGAGGGAGGGAGCUGUGAAGGUGUCAGUUUGAAACUGUUUUCCACAUUAGGUUAUUAUUUUUCUCUUCUCUCUGGCGUAUAUGAGUAUAUAUAUUUAUUCCUGCUGUGCUGUUGGCCAGACGACGGCAGCAGCCAACCUGCUCUUAAAGAGCUUCUGUCUCCAUGGUUUUUUAAUUAUUUUUAUUUAAACUUUUAAACAUUCAUGUGAUUUCUUUUUUAAUGUGUAAAAAAUGAGGGCUCUCUGUAGAGUAACUCAAGCCUUUAUAUACACACAUAGGCUUUUCUUAUUUUGCCAAACUUGCAUUCUGAAAACUACGGAUCAUUCCGUUGCCUGCCUUGUGAUGUAAAAACAGUCACACUCUUACCCCCUAUACAAUCUGGAAAGCUGAAGUGUAACAGAUUCCGUGAUAGAAAUGUAAAGGUAAUUGAGCUGACAAAUGCAGCAUUUAUAGUGAAAGCAGCCUGUGCUCACGCGAGAACAUUGCCUUUAAAUUCUAAUCACGCUGUAAAACUGAACUUCGGCGGUGUGUCUUGAAUAGAGCCAAAAUUACCCCCCCCCCCCCCCCCCCCCCAAUAUAGAACUUUAUCAAAAGUGCUACCCUAUUUGGAGAUUAGCAUGGCAUUAUUUUCCUUUUUUAGGAUGCCAUACUGCAUUGUAGAGUGCUGGAACUGUGCUAGCCUGUCUGUCCCUGAAAGCAAUGCUGUGAGUUCAAAUGCUAGUGAUGAAGUCACAUCCUUAAUGUUUUAUCUCUGUUUCAAUGUGGAUAUAUGGUGGAGGGAGGAGAGGCAGUGUGUUGUAUUCAGUUCUGCCCACACGUUUACAAGACGGGCUUGGUAUUAGCAGACAUUCCGGUGCCAGCGCAGAGCCAUGUUUUUGUUUUUAAAUCAUGUUUUACUGUAGCAAGUGUCUACAGUUUCUGCUCUGGACUUCAUUACAUUUCCACUUGGAAUGAAAGGCAUUAGUUAUCUUUGUUUACCUUUGUGUUAAAGUUGUCUAAAUUGUAGACCGUCAUUCCUCUUAAAUGUACUGUCUUAACUGGUUUUGAGGGGCUUGCAUGUAGAUAAUCUUAGAGUAGAGCGCGCUAGGAAGUCGACUAACCUAAUUAAGUGCAGUAUUGCUGGCCGAGAAGGACCUAACUGAAAUCCCAUAGAUAGUAUCGAUUGAAAGGCUAUUCUUAAAUGUUUGUAGGUCGGUGGUUCUUGUAUGCAUAUUAUUCAGCUGAGGGGAUGUUUGUCUUUUCCAUUCCGGAGAUUCCAGAUCCCCCCAAGAUUUUCUGAAGAUUCUUUCAGUACUGCUGAUUGAUAGACUUCUGUAUUAGACGUGCAGAGACAUGAAGGGGUUAAAUCACUGGUCUAUAGUGACAUGACUCAGCCUGCAGGGAUCAUAACAGCACAUUUAUGUAUAUCGGUGUUGUUCCUGAAAGCUCAAUUGAUCAUUCCUGACUGACAAACGCCCCCAGUCGGUGGUUUAAUGGAAGUUGCUCUCAGCAACCAAUCUGAGGUCAUGCACUUUUGUGCUUACCCCCACAAUAGUUUAGGCUGGGAGUAGGGGAUGCCGGAGUGAUUUCACUUGAAAUGCAAUGCCCCUCUUGAGCAGACCAUACACUCGAAAACCAGUAUUUAGAAUGUUAUGCCAUGGAGGGAAACUCAUUUUGAAGCCAUAUGGAACAUGGGGGUUGGAACUGAAUAUCUAAGGUCUGAAUCUUGCCACCUUUUGUUUUGCUGCCAGUGUUUCACGGUAAGGUUGGGGGAACGUGUACACACACACACUUUGUAUUGCUCCUAAUGCUGACCAGUGUGCUUUCUUCCAUGGGCCUCGAUGUACACGACUAUAUAUCUACAUUGUUCUUUCAGAAAUCCUGUUAUGUUUCUUUUGAUCUAGACACAUCACAAUUGUGACUGAUGGUCUCAUUUACAAACCAAGCCUUUCUGUAUUGUGCCUAAGCUAUGGAGAAAAAGUACAAGUAUUCCUUUUCAUUUUGCCUUUCAUAUGCAACAUAUUCAAGCCUGAGAAUUAAAGUACUUAAUCAACUAUGA